CACACGCCCCCCACCCCCCCACCGCUGUAGGGUGUCGCGCGGACCGGUCCGUGGCUGCUGGGAACCCCCUUCCCCCUCCGCCCCCCGGGGGGGGAUCCCUGCGCCCUUCAGUGCCACAUUUCCCCGCUGGCUGCCCAGAGCCCCGACCCAAGGCAUGCCCCUGAGCAGCCUCUGGACUGUGCCCCCCCAGGCUCCCCCUCCCCCAGGACCCCCCCAUGCGCCCCUGGACUCUGGACCGUGCUGGCCCCGCUGCGCCCUCCAAUGCCCAGAUGUUCCCCUUCCCUGAGAGCCCCCCCGCAUCCCCUGAACCCGCCAGCCCCCCUCCCCAGCGCUCCCCCCUGCGUCCCGUCCCCCGGGACACCCGCCCCUGCGCUCUCAUCCCCUCCCCGUGCGCCCCCCUCCCCAGGGCUCCCCGUGCGCCCCUCUCCAGCGCGCCCUUGGCCGGGCAGGGCGCGGACGGUCCCUCCCCAGCUGCCGCUUUCAGUUUCUCUUCCCCCGCCGCUCAGAGCCGGGCGGGAGGCGCAGCGAGGCGGAUGGCGCUGUUUGAAGUCUGCGGGGCCCCCCGGGGGGGCUGGGACUGUGCGCCCCCCGGAGCCGCCGCUGCGCCCCGGGGACCCGAUCACUACAGCUUCGGCCUGCGGGCGCCCGAGCUGGCCCUGCCCAGGGGGGAGCAGCCGGCCCAGUUCCUGCAGACGUACUCCGAGGAGGGCCGGGACCGGGUGCGGAUCCAGCUGGCCCACGGCACCACCACCCUGGCCUUCAAAUUCCAGCACGGGGUCGUCGUGGCUGUUGACUCCCGGGCAUCGGCCGGCAGCUACAUUGCCUCCCUGGAGGCCAACAAGGUGAUCGAGAUCAACCCCUACUUGCUGGGCACCAUGUCGGGCAGCGCGGCCGACUGCCAGUACUGGGAGCGCCUCCUCGCCAAGCACUGCAGGCUGUACCAACUGCGGAACAAGGAGCGGAUCAGCGUCUCGGCUGCCUCCAAGCUGCUGUCGAACAUGAUGUGCGAGUACCGGGGCAUGGGGCUGUCUAUGGGCAGCAUGAUCUGCGGCUGGGACAAGAAGGGCCCCGGCCUGUACUACGUGAAUGAUAAUGGCACCCGUCUCUCCGGCUCCAUGUUCUCCACGGGCUGCGGGAACACCUACGCCUACGGGGUGAUGGACAGCGGGUACCGGCCCGACCUGAGCGUGGAGGAGGCCUACGACCUGGGGCGCCGUGCCAUUGCCCAGGCCACCCACCGUGACGCCUACUCCGGGGGUGUCGUCAACAUGUAUCACAUGAAGGAGGAUGGAUGGAUCAAGGUGGAAAAGACAGACGUCAGCCAAUUGAUCCACAAGUACCUGGAGGCCAGGAAGUGAGACAGGACAGCGACCAGAAGGCUCCGGAUUCAGGGAUGCAGGAGACUCAGGGCCAGCAGGGGAUGCGGUUAACGGGUUUCUGUGUGUGAUGCAAUAAAGAGAAACAGUGAAAACUAAA